AAAAGAGGCAAUGCAACUGGUGAAGGAGAUGAGGACACGGAUGGAUAUUUGUAUUUUUCUAUAAAAUAUGAAGAAGAUAGGUAAGUAUGGAAUCCAGGGAAACUGCAUGCCAUUCACCAUCAUGUCAGAGAUAGCCAUCGAUUCUGUCAUCACACUAACAGACUGUUUUUGUCAACCAUCUGUGACUACCUGCAUUUCAACCAGCUUGUCCACUGGGUCGGUCAACCCGUUCUCUUCUGUCGCGUGACGAUGUACGUCAUACGUACGGCCAUCCAUGAAUCUGUGAUGUGUAUUAUCAUACCGGCGAACUUUCUGUUUUGGAUUCGUGACCCCCGCGCUUGUCCUAGACCCUCUCGCUCCAACCGGAGGCAACUAACCCCUCGCUGCAACCGGUGGAAUGCCAUUUAUAGAGUAAAGUAUUAUCUAAUGCUUGUGGUACAAAUACUUAAUUACAUGCAACCUUAAUAGAACAGCUUGGUAUGAUGAAAGAAUCAGCAGCACUUGCUUCUCCACCUUUUGUUCACCAGCUGCUAAACAGAGGGGACUUCCGUCUACGCAUGCGCGAGAAACGUAAACGUGGAGUGCACGUGAGUGCGGGUUGAUCGCGUGACUGAAUUCUAAAAACAAACACCAAAUUUGCCAAAACUACUCGUGUUAUGAAGUCGUUUUCUUGUUUCUUUAGUGUUUCUACGCUCACAAUUUUAGGCAUUUCCGACUUAGAAGUGUUUGCUUUGGAAUAAGAACGUGAAAGUAGAAAUAAAAACUUUGUUGCAGCAGUUUAAUUUCGCCGUACAAAUAUACCUGUUUUAAUAUUAUAUGUAUAUCUUUUCGAAGUGAGAUAUAAAAGUGCAAAUUGACCUUCUUUAAAUUCGUACUUGCCCUAUUUUUGACUCCAUAAAAACUACUUUUAUCCAUGGAGAAACUAUUUGACUUUAAAAAUAAGCUGGAAUUAUGGAGGUGAUAUAGGCUAGUUUCUUUGCAAACAGUGAUUCAGUACUCGGUAGUGUACUUGUUGUAUAUGAAGAAAAGUCUAAAAUGAUUUCAACAUCCAUCAACAAAAAGGAAUCGCGCUUAUUACUUAUACUACUCGUUAGAAGAUAGAGAAUUAAUUUAAUUCACUAGGAACCCGUUCUACAAUAUAAACUAGAAAUCGGCCAACAAUUGUCACGAAAUACUACAAUUAAAAUAGGAUCUUUGAACUACCGAUUUCACCGAACGGUCAAGUUUCUCUGCAAAGAUCGCCCCUUUGCCCAAUUUUCAUCGAGUAGAUCAUCGUGUUAUCAGGUGAAGGAUUAUGUAUGCUUUAACAAAAAAGAAUAAAAAAAAACUGGUGAUAAAGGGUAGAUUUUGAAUCAAAUACGAAUAUGUGUAUACAAGAUCUGAGCGUUAUUAUCAAGCACUCGAUACUUUCUCCAACAACAUAUUGCGCUUAUUUUUUUACAAAAUUAAAAAUAUUCACACAUUAAAGAUAUGAAAAUGUAGCUUGCAUUACAAAGAAAUGUUGGCUUACCUAAGUUAUACCUUACACGUCGAUUAAAGCCAAGUAAACCCUUCAAAGACGCGUGCCACAUUAAAUUACAGGUCUCAUGGCCACUCAUGUUCUUCGUAUGAAAAUAUAAGUUUUCCUUUCAAUUGCUUUGCUUUAAAAACAGUCAUUAGGUUGUUGAAGAGUUAGUCUAUAACUUCCAACAAAAAACCCCAGAUGCUUUCAAAAACCAGUGAAUCACAAUGCUGUAAACUUCAACAUCCUUAGAAAUUGUAAGCCAAACAUCGAAAAGCAAAAUUUGCGGGAAAAAGCUCACGAGCCCGCACUAUUUUCAUGCAGCGUCGACGAAAGUCCCCUCUGUUCACCUGUUAAAGCUUCUUCCAUUAGAAGCAAGAGUGUGGGAACAGGCAUGUUUGGCUUGGGUGAUGUAGAUGAUAGUUGUAUUUCUAAGUUGAUAUUAUACUGAUAGUUGUAAUUACAAUCUAAAAUUGCAACCCUUAAAAUUUUGUAAUUUGUUCUUAAGUCAAAUCGCCAAAAUUCGCAUUAUCUUGCGGUGAGUUACCAGACCUAAGCAAGCCAAGUAUAUAUAUAUAUAUACUAACAAUAUAUAGGUAACAAUAAAUAAGAGUUACUUUCAUCCUGCUCAUCAGCACUAUAUAUAUAUAUAUAUAUAUAUAUAUAUAUAUAUAUAUAUAUAUAUAUAUAUAUAUAUAUAUAUAUAUAUAUAUAUAUAUAUAUAUAUAUAUUUAACGGUUGAUGAUGAUGCAAUCACGUAAUCAGUAACAAAAUCGUGAACAAAAUCGCCUGAUGAUCGUCUAGAAAGGACGUGAAACUCAGAGUAGCGAUAUAUAUAUAUAUAUAUAUAUAUAUAUAUAUAUAUAUAUAUAUAUAUAUAUAUAUAUAUAUAUAUAUAUAUAUAUAUAUAUAUAUAUAUAUAUGUAUAUAUAUAUAUAUAUAUAUAUUUAUUGUUACCUAUACUGGAUUAUCACUCAUCACUCACAAAACAUAUAAAAUCCAUGUUUCCCUUCAGAUCUGUGCUUGUGGUGAAAUUGGUUAAAGGCGAAAACAUCCCAACUCAGAAUUUAUUUCCGAGCAAGCCCUGUGUUGAAAUCCAGAUACUCCCCGCCAGAGCUGAGCCUGGGACCGGACCAAACGGCAUUGAGUUUGAAAUUGCUGAAGAAGAACUUCUACGACAAACAGUUCACUUCUGUGUGUGCCGUUAUGAUAGAUAUUCAAGAAAAACUACCAUUGGGGAUGUAUUCCUAUCUCUGGCCGAGCUGACAGCGGAGGGAGUAGAUCUGAGCCAGGAGAUAUUCAUAAGAAAUUUAAUUGAACCAAAUAUCGAGGUAUUUUAAAAAUAAUGUCCAAAUCGAAAUUUACACUAGCAAAUUUCGUCUAAUUGGCGAGUAACUAUAACCAUAGCUGGCCAAACUCGUAUACAGGGCUUCCACAAGCACAUAAACCCUUGGUAUGAGGUUGGCAAAAUAUAAUAAAUCUUCUCAGCUAUCGUGAACAUGUGCUAAUAAGGCCUACACAGGGAUGAUAACUCGCCUUAAUCGCGUAAAUCGCCCAACUCGCAUUGCUUAAAAGUUGCAGUUUUUGCUUAUAAAUCGUCUAAACUCGCUUAAACUCGAAUUAUCUCGCGGCAAGUUUAGGCGAGUUACUACCCCAGAGUGGGCAUUAAUAGACAAUUCCCAUUAUAGACUAAUUUUAAAAUUAGGCAAGGAAACUCAAAUAAAUCACCACAGCUAGAAAGAGCAUACUAAAAUUAGUAAAAUUAUAAAGUUUGGUUGCGAAAUGUUGUAAAAUGAGGAAAAUAUAGCCUUGCAAAAUUUGCAAAUUUUGUAUACUUUUGUAUUGCUUGCGGAAAUUCCUACCACAUUCCUACCACAUUUAGGCCGAAAAUGGUCGCACGCAAUACAAAAGUAUACAAAAUUUGCGAACUUUGCAAGGCUAUAUUUUCCACAUUUUACAACAUUUCGCAACCAAAUUUUGUAAUUGUACUAAUUUUAGUAUGCCCUUUCUAGCUGUGGUGAUUUAUUUGCAUCUCCUUGCCUAGUUUUAAAAUUAGUCUAUAAUGGGAAUUGUCUAUUAGUUUACUUACCGUGGGAAAACAACUAUAUAGCAUACAAGUUCAUAUGACUUAUGUUUGCCAGAAUGACUCGGUCAUUGCGUUAUCAGAAACUUGGCUUAAUGAUUCUUUUAGUGAUUCUUUUCAUAUCUCUGGGUAUAACUUUGUUGCAAAAUCCAGGAAACAUAGGAUAGGUGGCGGUGUUGGCAUUUUUAUUAAGUUUUCAUUCACGUACAAAUUUCGACCAGAUCUUGAACUUGCCUCAAAUGAAUCAACCGAAUCAAUAUUCUUGGAAAUCACUCAGUCCGAAAAUAAAAACAUAAUUAUAGGCUGUAUUUAUAAACUUCCUAAUGUUGAGGUUGAACUAUUUAACGAUUUUUUGACCUCAAUAAUAACCAAAAUUGGAUAUGAAAAUAAAAUAUGUUACAUUUUGGGAGAUUUUAACAUUGAUCUGAUUAAUCACGAAUCUCAUCUACCCACGAAAGAAUUUAUGGAUCUUCUUUCCGCAAACAGUCUUUAUCCCACUAUCUCUAAACCAACUAGAAUUACAUUCCACUCUGCCACCUUAAUUGACAAUAUUUUUACGAAUAAUCUUGAGCAUGAUAUUGUGAGUGGUAUGUUAUACAGUGAUCUCACUGACCAUCUUCCUGUUUUUCAGAUUACUAAUUUUCAACCUCAACAACAUACGGUUCCUGUUAAUAUUAAAACUAGGAAAGUAACCCAAUCUAGUAUUUUGAACUUUCAGAUUGAAUUGCAAGAAAUAAAUUGGGAUGAAACAAGAUUAAAUACUUCGCCUAAUCACUCGUAUAACUAUUUUUCAGGAAUACUUCUUCCAAUUUAUAAUAAUAAUUUCCAAUAGUUGUUAGAAAUUCCAAUUUUAAAGCCGGCUCUAAACCAUGGUUCUCAGCUGGACUGCACAAUUCGUGUUGUAAAAAGAAUACUUUAUAUAAAACUUAUCUGAAAAAUCCUACGCCUACCAAUAAACUUGUUUAUACAAAAUGUCGCAACAAAUACAACUAUUCCGUUAAAAUAACUAGGAAAAAAUAUUAUCAUGAAAAACUUGAAAUGCAGCAAUCUAAUUUAAAAGCGACUUGGUCUACUAUUAAAACUGUUAUUGGCAGUAAAUCCAGAACUAACAUUCCUACCAGUAUGAAAGAUUCUGCAGGUGGUGAAUACACUGAUCCAUUUUGCAAAUAAAUUUAAUGAUUUUUUUGUUAAUAUUGGUCAUUCCUUAUCUAAAGGUUUUUCCAGUUCAAAUAAUCAACACCGUCAUUAUGUAACUGGAUCAUACAAUGGUAGACUAGUAUUUCAUUAUUUCCUACUGACCCUUUCGAAAUAACUACAAUUGUUUACUCCUUGAAAAAUAGCAGGAGUGAAGGGGUUUAUGGUAUUAACAUAUCCAUAGUUAAAGCUUGUAUUGAUUUAAUAGCAUUAUCUCUCUCAACUAUUUUUAAUAAAUCAAUUUCGACAGGUAUUGUUCCUAAUCAAUUACAAAUUGCUAAAGUGAUUCCGGUGUUUAAGGCUGAUGAUCGCUGUCAAUUUAUCAAUUAUAGACCGAUCUCAAUUCUACCCAACCUCGUUCCCAGGCUCUUACCUUCGCACGCCCCAAGCUGCGGAAAGACCCUGGUGCCGGCUGGUCACGUGGCUCCCAGGAUAUUAAAUUACCAAUGGAGGGAUGGACAAAUCUAAAUUACAAUGCUUCCACUUUGCAAUAGUAAAAUUCGUUGGCAAGGAGCGGACGUAUUGCAUGGUUUGAAUUGCAAAAAGUGUAAUUUGAGAGCACUUUAUAUCGCAAUUUGUCAUUGUAUAAUUUGUAUUGAAUACUUCGAGGAAUACUUCUUGUCAAAUUGACAAUUAUGCGCGCGUUUGUGUUCUUUUUGUCAUUCACAUGCUGCCAGGCCAUAGAAGCAAAGUUGAUAAUUUCUACGGAAACUCGAACGAAGAUGCUCGAGGAUGCUCGAGUUUCAUUGCAUUUCUUGCUUGUUUGGAAUUCGUUGUUCUAAAUAGCGCAUCUCUGACUCAUAACAACAUACUGUACUGAAGCCGAACCAACUAAGCAAGUUCUUUGUUUGGAAAGUAUUUAUUUAUUUAUUCAAUUUCGCCAGGUUAAAUUACAUGAUUGAUAACAUUGUGUUCAAACUUCGACAAGAGUUGCAAUUUAAACAUACAGAUCUCCGUGUUCUUGGGUCCUGCAUCAAAACAACUGUGCAGGGCUUUCAAAUAAUACUGUCGUAAAGCACACGAGCAAAUUUUAUUUUGACAAAUUUUAUUUGAUCAAAUGCAUUUGAUCAAAAGCUAGCAUGCUAGCUUUUGUUCAAAUUAAAUGCAUUUGUCACAAUAAAUUUGUCACAAAUUUAUCAUCUACACGAGCAAAAUAUCUUUGACAUUCAAUUUGCCCGUGUAAACGGGCCUUAACAAACUCUUAAAUGUACUUAAACAUAUAUUAUUUAUUCGACAAAAGAUGUUAUUUAUAAUUUGUAUCCUGCCAACGCUUUAUAUGGAAAGUCUCUGAUUUUCAUCUGACCCAUUGUUGAUGUUUGCAAGGGAUCAUAUUUAAUAAACAAGUCGAUUUUCUUUCUCCAUGGAAAUCAUUUGAGAUAUCUACUCAGGACGGUUCGUGUAUUGUUAUAGUUGUGUCUCCCUUGAAUUCACUGAUACAAGAUCAAAUAUCUCGACUGAAAUCAAGUGGCCUGAAGUCGCGCGUCUGCCAAUUCUAUAAAUAUUUGCAAAAAAUAUUCCAUGGAGAACGAGAAAUCACAAUUGGAUUGUACAUUUUGGGUUUAAAUGGGGAUUACUAACAUACGUAUACGGAUGACUAUAUUAUUAAUUGCGGUAAAGUAUAUUGGUAGAUGAUAUUCAUAAACAAUUGACUUACUUCUGUUGACAUGGGCCAGACUGCAGAGUUGGGCACUUUUCGCCGAGAUCUCGGGUGCGGAAAGCUUGGGUAAAAUAGGUGCGGGUGCGUAAAAUGACUUGCAGGUGCGCAAAAUAACAUGAAGUAAAAGUGCAAGUGCGGACAGUUGUAGCGAGGUGCGGGCGCACAACGCACGUGGUCACGUAAAAUAUGUAAACGUCGUGUGUUAUAUUUUUCCACUAGCCUUUUCUUUUGUCUCUGAGUCAUGUUUAUUGCCUGAACUAGCGAAGAGUAGUAAUUUUCUUAUUUGCAAUAUGUCAGAUAAAAGUAAAUCAUUGGAUGCUGCUCUAGGAAGUUCAUACAUACUAAAACGCUGUUUUCUGACCAUUAGAAUUCUGUCAAAUCUUCCCCCAAAGUCCAGGAAAUGGCAUUUCAGAUCAAUUUGAAUCAAGGAAACUUGCUGUCUGGCUGUAGCAGAAUGGAUAUUUCUAAUAAUCUAUCAUGUUUAACUUCAAUUGCAUGACAAUGCCUGGAUAAUAAAAUAAUUUGGUGAUCGCCAGAGGUAUACUUCAAAAUAAGGUUUCCGCUUUUAUAACGUGGAAAAAAACAAUCCUAACGCAAAACUAAACCCUAAUCCUAAUACUAACCCUAACCUAGCCUAAACACUAACGUGUCGUAUUUUGAAAAUUGAUAUAAAAACGGAAACCUUAUUUUGAAGUAUAAUAUCUAUAGCAAUUGCCAUUGAACAAUAUAUAUAUUGCGCAACAUAUAUAUUGUGCAACUCAGGUGCGCAGAAAAUUUCAAGAAAUAUAAUAUCGGGUGCGGCUGUGCCCAACUCUGCAGUCUGGGACAUGGGUAAAGGUGUAGCAGAUCUAGUUUCAUCACUCGAGGAGGACACAUUGACAAAGUCAGUGUAAAAGCCAAACUGCGCCUUCGACUUUCAACUGCAGCAACAUUUGCCGAAGAUCUGGCAACGGAUAGAAAAACUUCAGGGCAUCGCUUGGAUCGUGAAUCUUUUACUAAUGAUUUCUGUGUUUCGGAAAUUACAUUCUUGAACGUCGUUCACAAGGACGGCACUCGAUCGGCAGAUCAAAUAAGGAAAAUCAUCAACAUGUGGCAGUCUCUCGCCAUGAAUCAACUCCGUGUUAUUCAAAAUUCUUUAAUUUGUUUUGUUGAAGAGAUUCUUACAAUGUAUCUGAUCUUGUACACCAUUAUAUAAUCGACAACGAGAACUAUUUUCAGUUGAUCCAGGAGAUCUUUUUGUUAAAUUUCUUUGGCGUGCUUUUGCUAAGCCGAUAUAGUGACAGUGAAAUAUGAGAUAUUUGUAAUCCUUGAGAGUAAUAUGAUACUCUUUCGGCUGCAACACAUGAUUAAUCUGUUGUUUUAAAAAAAAUCUUUUAUUAUUGUCUCGUACAGUUAGAAUUUUACUAUUUUACAAAUUCAGAAACAAUUUCAAUACGUACAAAUCAUUUCUACCACCCCUCCCUGAAUAGCAAUUUAUUUUAGCACCCAAAAUCUGGGAGCCACGUGACCAGCCGGCACCAGGGUCUUUCCGCAGCUUGGGGCGUGCGAAGGUAAGAGCCUGGGAACGAGGUUGAAUUCUACCAUGUUUUUCUAAAAUUCUUGGAAAGUUACUUUACAAUAGGUUUUUAAAUUUUAUUAAUAAGAAUAACAUAUUAUUUGAUCACCAAUAUGGAUUUCGGAAAAAUCAUUCUACUUCUAUGGCCAUAAUUGAUCUGGUUGACAACAUUUCUCUAGCUUUCAACAUUAGAGGUUAUACAAUUGGAACUUUUAUUGACUUUAAAAAAGCAUUUGAUACUGUGGAUCAUUCCAUUUUACUGGAUAAGUUACAUUUUUAUGGUUUUCGUGGAAUCGCUCACUCCUGGAUUAAAAGUUACCUUGAAAAUAGAUCAUAAUGUGUCGAAAUUGAAAAAGUCUGCUUCACAUAUAAACCUAUUAACUGUGGUGUACCUCAAGGCUCUAUUCUUGGACCUCUCCUAUUUCUUAUAUAUGUUAAUGAUAUAUCACACUCUUCAUCUCUCUUAUCCUUCAUACUCUUUGCUGAUGAUACCAACAUAUUCCUCAGCGGGAAAGAUAUUCCGUCAAUGUUUUCCACUAUAAAUAUUGAGCUUAAUAAUGUCUAUAAAUGGUGUAACGCGAAUAAAUUAACCAUACACCCUGAUAAGACAAAAUACAUGGUUUUCCAUCCAAGUCGCAGGAAACUUGAAUUAGAUAAUCUCAAUGUUACUAUUCAUGGAUAUGACGUCGAAAGAGUUCAACAAACAAAAUUUCUCGGAAUAACUCUUCAUCAUGCAGAAUUUGUCAUGGACCGCACAUAUUAAUGCCAUCAACUCUAAAGUAUCGAAAACAAUAGGAAUAUUUUAUAAAGCUAGACAGUAGCUUGAGAUAUCGACCCUUCGCUUGCUAUACAACUCUCUCAUCUUGCCCUAUUUACAAUAUUGUACUAUUGUACUAUUGUAUGGGCAUCAACUUAUAAAACUCAUCUAAACCGCUUAUUUCUUUAUCAAAAACGGACUGUUCGUAUUAUCUCUCAUUCAUCACCUCUAGCGCAUUCUCGUCCUUUAUUUAAUCAAAUGAAAAUAUUAAAUAUAUUUGAAAUAUUUAGUUAUCAAGUAAGUUGCUUCAUCUUUCAACAUAAUAAUAACCUCCUGCCACAACCUAUUGCUUCACUUUUUACUGUAAACAGUGAAAUGCAUCAUCACAAUACUAGACAAAAACAUAAUCUUCAUUUCACAUUUAAUAAAUUAUCAUUUUCAAUCAGAUCCCAAGGACCAAAAAUUUGGAACUCAAUUCCGUAUACUCUUCCUAAUUCGCUAAAAUAUUUUAAUUAUAAGCGUAUUUUGAAGGAUUAUUACUUGUCUCAAGCUUAUUAACUAUAGUAACCAACAACUGAUAUAUUCUUUGUUGUUUUAUUGUUAUUUUGCACUUUGAUAUUUUGUACCCAGUGUUUUGUAUUUAAUAAUUGUUCACUUCUCUUCUAAUUAUUACUAUAACUGCAUGUAAUCAGUAAUCAGUAAAUUUGGCUGUCCAUCUAUAUAUACAGGGUGUAUAAAAAAACUGAACCCUUUCAAAUUCAAAUUAGCUAUAACGUAUUGUAGUAAUUUGACAGCUCUAAUUGCCUUGAAUUAAUGGUUGGGUAAGAACACAAGGAAUACUGUAUUUCUUUUAAAUUUUCUAAUUUUUAUUUCUUCGAGUUUUGUCCCAUGAAUACAAGACCUAGUGUUCUUAUCCAACCAUUAAUUUAAAGCAAUUAGAGCUGUCAAAUUACUACAAUACGUUAUAGCUAAUUUGAAUUUGAAAAGGUUCAGUUUUUUUAUACACACUGUAUAGCCAUAUAAGCCUCUGGCUUUGGCUAACGUGUAAUUUAAUUAUUCAUGAAUAAAGACCAUUAUUAUGCAAUGAAUUUCUAAUUAAGGUGAUUAUCAUGGUUAAACACAGGUCUUCAGUUAGAACCACAACUAACAAGUGCCUCUUUCCUUAAACAUUAUAUUAAUUAUGUAUUGAUGGGUUUAUGUAGUAUUUAAAACACGAGAAGGAGUGUUUUAUCGUAUUUAAAACACGAGGCGCAGCCGAGCGUUUUAGAUAUGAUAAAACGCGAGUUCGAAUGUUUUGAAUAGCUUAUAAUACGACUACAAAAGAAUACUAAUUAGGAUGAACAAUUAUAUAAUCAUACAAUUAGGAUGAACAAUUAUAUAAAGAAUACUAAUGAAGAUGAGUUUUAUCAGAUAUAAAGUCACUCCACGUGACAUAUUAUGGCUGACAUGAUUUGCCACAAGGUUUAUGAAUUUUUAAUGAGUAUUUUAAGUAUCUUUAGAUCAGUAUAACAGAGCCAAAAAGUCCACAGUAUCUCUGGGAGAAAAUACGAGCUGCUUUUCGCGAAGGAAAAUUACGUCCGGAAAUGAAAAGAAAGGCAUUUAUGGAGUCUGUUGAAUGGGACGCUGGCGAGCUCGCAGAAAGCAGGUAAAAUUACUCGUGAUUAAUCAAGUUUUAUCUUCGUACAGAAAAUUGCAAAGUUUAGUUUAUUCCGUGGUUUAUUAAACGUAUUAAGAAUAAAUAUAUAGAAUUCUUCAAGGGUUUUGUAGACGGAAAUUUCGAGUGGAAAUUUUAUUACAUUUAUUAGACUUAAAAUGCAACUAUAGCCCCCUGGCAGAAAUCGAUCAUGAGGACAUGUGAUUCCGGUGCAUGGCUCCAACCAACUGAGCUACAACGUCCAGUUGUCAUGCAGCUCUAACCGCAAGCUCAUCUAUAAAUAAUGUGGUGCCAAUGUAUACAUAAGACGUUCAAAUAAUACAUUCACAGCACGUGGAUGGAAGGUUGCUAUAUUUUCCUAUGAAGAUGAGAGCGCAGUCUUCAGGAACUAACGUUCAUUUAUGUUUAAAGCGAACUUUCUUUAAGCUUCUUUUGCCCACGCCUAUAUCGAAGCAGUAUUUCCCAUCCCACAGGCAACGGCAUGUCCUGACCAUGAUACAGGACCUUUUUAACAUAUAAGCUGAAGGGAUCAAGAACCCGCGGUCCCCAUGUUGCCCCACUCCCCAGAAAAACAAUUUUGGCCGCUCCAGUGAAAGUCCCUUUAGUCUAAUAAGCAACAAAGAGAAGACUGAACCUAGAUGAGUAUUUUUCUAUUUCUUUUAAGCAAACGGUUUUUGUACUGAAAGUUCAGUCUGUAUAGCUUAAAUAUAUAAAACAGUUGGGUUUAAACGUGCAGGAAAUCAAGCACCAGAGACUAAAAGAUACGAACAUUUUCUGGGAAUGGACCCCCCCCCCACACACACACACACUGGCUUUUGGAACCAAAUACAUUUUGUGUCCUUGUACAUAAUUCUGAAUGCGUUUUUAAACUUCUAAGAUCUACAGCAGUGUAAGGUUACGCCAUCAUAAAUAGUGACAUGCUGGAUACCAUUAAAGUAGAAAUGCUAAAGUAUAGCACUAUAGCUAUAGAUUGACAAGCGGCACUCAUAUUCAUUUUUCAGAGCAGUGAGACGAUUGACUUGAUACCCUUGUUAUGUAGUGAUUUGUAAAUAUGUUCUUUUUUCAGUGACGCGUGCAUGAUGUGAUUAUGAAUCUCUCACUAAUUCCAUUUAAAGUAUAGACAUGCAUGCGUUUGAAGACUAACAUCACAAGAUCAUUUUAAACAAAAUGACUGUGAAAAUUGCAGGAAAUCCACUUUCCGCGCAUGUAAUUUUGUAAAGCUUUCCAAGGACAUGCCCCCAUACUACCCAGGAAGGUUUACAAUCGCUCUGCAGUCCCAUGCAGCCUAGUAUAGGUGCAUAAGUCCCUUUGACCCCAACUGGCGAAUUUGUAAAAAGGGGCUCUAUAAUCUGACAUGUCAAUUGGUGUUUCUGUACAUCCAUGCAUAUACACUUAAAGUGGUCAAUGUUAUUUUUAAAUAGUUUUGACUAAAAAUAUCUUAAAUGUUUCACAUGAAAUAAAGGUUGUCAGAACAGGAGGAUAAAGCAAGUGAUCGAGAAAGAACUAAGAGCGUGAAAGAUAAUGGACCUCUGGGGAAUUUAUGCUUCUCAUUAAAAUAUGAAGCCAAGAGGUACAGUUUACCACCAUGCAUACAGCACAUCAGGGACGCCGGAACGAUAAUAAGGCAAAGGGGGGCAGACGCACACCAAGGGCACCUCUAUAGAACAAAAGUUCAAAAUCUACCGGAAAAAUUUUUUUUCAUGGAAAUUUUUUUGGGCGAACACCCCCCCCCGUCACCAAAAAAUUUUCGGUCAGUGUACCAUUUUAGGGGUCAAAAAUUUUUUCCGGACAUACCAAAAUUUUCCGUUAAGUUAAAAAUUUUUUCUGAAUUCCAAAAAUUUUCUAAAAUUUUUGUAAAUUAAACUCAUUCUUUACCAAUUUCACAAUUAUUUUUGUUAAUUUACUUUCUCUGGGCCUAUAAAUUAUCUGAAUCUCAUGAUUUUCCCAGAAAAAGCAUCACUGGAAUAUGAUUUAUCACGUAGUAUUUUACAACUAAAAGGGCACUUCUGCCCCCCCCCCUAGCAACAUAUCCUGUCCCUGCAGCACAUAUCCUCACUCCAGGAACCGAUGGCAUCAGCUAAGCUGCAGAUAACCAUUCACAUGUAUUUAAUAAUUUAAGCAUUUAUGCCAAGAAUACGUCGCUAGUUGAGAUAGGACACAACAUACGGGAUCUCCUUCAUUACGACAAAUGAACUGGCAAACUUCUUGAUAGAAUUCCAUGAAGAUACACUUUAAACUUGUUUUUCUAUGACUCAACUGGAUCGGAAUUUCCAGUUUUAGAAUGAUUUUGUCUUAUGCCAAUUAUAGAAUUUAGAACCUAUUGCACUCUAUUUUAGAUCAAAACUUUUGGUGCGAAUAAUGAAAGCUGAAGGUAUUCCAGACCAUGACGGAGAAGCACCAAACGUCUUAGUAGAAUGUGCUUUAAUACCUAGAGACAUUUCCGAGAAACCAUCUGCCACAGCUGUGCAAGAAAAUACGUUUUCUCCAAUUUUUGAAGAGGUGUUUGAGUACAAAAUUGAUUUUGGGGAACUAUGGACGAAAAAAAUACAUCUAGUGGUAUGGUAUGUUGAUGCAUAUUUCCAUCUCACAAGUUUGGGAGAAGUAAUUUAUUCGCUAAGUCAAUUGGAUAUUGAAGGGUUUGAUAUUUCACAAACUGCCAUGCUUUUCUCCAAAGAGAUUAUUUUACUUCAUCAAACGAAGGUAUAAAGUUGUAUUUGUAAUUGUAUUUAUACUUGUAAUAUUUUUGUAAUAAUCCUAGUAAUGUUGUUGUAAUGGCGUGACUUAGCAAAACAAAGGUCAAUGGUAAGGACCAACUGCUUAAACGGUAAACGAAACCGUUUAAACGGAAUGCUCUAACCGUCUUAACCGAUUCCCAAGGAAUGCUCUAACCGUUUUAAUCGAUUCCCAACGCGGUCAAGCAAACUUUUCAGCUUGCUCGAUGUGGACACACUCAGAGACAACAUCAGAAAAAUCUAUUAGUAAUAUUUGUAACACUCGUUGCCCAUCAAAUUGUCGAACAAUAAAUGCUUUAUGAUAAGGUGCACAGGCGUUUAAGGCCACUUCAAAGAGAGAGUGGGGUCUGUUCAUUCGCACGAUUAAAAUAUGAAUUGACAUGACGAGACACUUUCAUUUUUAAUACCGUUUACUUGAUCCGUUUACUUGAUCCAUUUACUAAAACGGUUAGAACAUUCCGUUUAAACGGUUUCUUAGACCGUUCAAAGAGUUGGUCCUUACAAUUGAAACAGCCGCCUUCAUCCAUGGAUACACAUCCUUUAAAACGUUUUAUCCGAACGGCAAACAUUUACAUGCAAUCCGUUUUCUUUUCAAACCGUGUUUUCCAAUGGCUGAUGGCCAGCAUAUCAACGGUUUCCGGCAAUGAGAUAUUGAACUGGUUUUCACUAUCACAAUACUUGUAAUAUUGCGUCAAUAUGACGUCAUUUCGAUUCCAUAGCAGCUUCAUCAAAGAAAACAAAAUAAAAAUAAGUUAGGCCACGUUUGAACGCUACGAUUUCUCGUAUACAGUAACACUUUUAUACGCCAGAAUACGAAUUGUGAACAACAAAACGCAGCCUAUAAACGCACCUCUAUUUACUAUUUCAAGAACUCUGUCAUAACAGAACUUUCUGCUAAAUUAAUUCAAUUAAUCUGUCUAGAGCUGUUUGGUAGGUGCAUGCACAACGCCACAACGGAUUUGGUGAUGUGGCUGUUCAAUUUAUGUUGCAAGCUGUUUUAUGUUUUUCCGACAGGAUUCGUCAAGUAAAGAUCCAGCAAAUAAUUCGAGCAGCAUAUUGUUCUCACUAACCUACCUUCCAGCAACUAACAGACUCGGUGUUUUUGUGCUGAAAGCCAAGGAUCUAAAAACAAUACAGAAUAGCCAUGGUGAGGAAAUUGAAACAUCUAAGAGAGCUUAAGCAAGUGACGUUUCUGACAACACGGGCUUCGAGCGUGCAUUUUAACUGUAAAAGAAGAUAGUCUUGAUUUAUAGAAAAAACUGCCGGCGGAGUUCUUGCUUGAAAUCAAGAACACCAGUCAAUGUGGUUCCAAGUUCUUGAUUUCAAACAAGAACGACCGUCCAUUCGCGAAUCAAAACGUCGCUUUCUAAAGUUCUCCAUUAUUAAUCCAACAACAAAUAGAAAGAAACAACAAAAACACGUAUAUACUGCUAAAAAACCAUGUAGAACUGUUGCAGAUCGACCAACCACCGUGCUUGAUAUACCGGCUUGCCUACACAUGUAGACGGCAGAUAUGAUUAUACAGACGUUCUUUCACAGUAGACCGUAUAGUUUAAACAACAUGACACUAUCAAUACCCGUGCAUCAGAACCGUAGUAUCUUAAUCUCUCUAAUACCACAUAUAGUAGUCCUAAAUAUACCCAUCCCAAGUAAAGGUUAGUUGAACGUAUGAACUGUAUUCUUGAGCGCAAAUGGUUGGGCCUUGGGCUAACAUCCAAGUGAUCCAACGGUUCAAUCUUCGUCUGGGACUCAAGAGUGUUUUCUGGAAUUUUGCCCGAGGUUUGAAUUAAUUUACUUAAAACCAGAGUGGCAAGCAGAAACAUGUCUGAAAACAAAUCAAUCACAUGUUUUCCUGAAACAAAUUUCCAAAAAGCAUUUCUAGGAUUAUUUGAGAAGCAAGCUAAAAUCAAGAGUAAACAUAGCUCGAUUCUUCGUAGAGUCGGCGAUACAACAGCGAAAGGCUGAGCCGCACACGUCCAUCUGCUUGCGCUUUUGCAUAAAUUAAAGUACAGUACGAUAUUUGAAAUGUAUGCUUGAAUGCAUAUGAGUGCACGUUGGAAGCUUUUCGCUACAACCUGAUCCAGGGUAGCUUUUCGCCGACGUUGCAUAGACUCUACGAGCAAUUGUGCUAGAGUCUAUGCCAACAACCACUUAAUUUCUGUGUUCUGCACCACAGGUGUCUACGUAGAGGUCACUGUUCUUCAUCGGAAUUCACGUCAUCGCAAAGUCACUGGAUUCAAAAUUGGCACACAAAAUCCACUCUACAAUGAAACAUUACUGUUUGAUUUACAAGACUUUAUUAUCAGUACUGUCAAGUUGCAAGUGAUUGUGUAUCAAAAAGCCGCCAUGGGAGGAGAUGUUGCACUUGGCAAGGUCUUACUAGGGAAAGAAGUGGGAGGUAGUGAAGAAUCACAUUGGCUUGAAACACUAACAGCGGCCAAACCUAUUGCACAAUGGCAUGAACUACAGCCAUGUCGUCCAGAGAGAAAAAUGCAAAAUAUCACCACAAUGAGGACAAGAGAGCUUAGAUCGUUUGAAUUUGCAAAACGAAGAUCCCAGUUAUUGGAAUAAAGACCAUUUUGUGAUAACUUCAUGUUAGAUUGAAAUAUAUUUAACCUUAUAU